AUGAGUGCGCAGUACAAAGGCAGCAAGCCAGGACUAAAAACAAUUGGAAGCAGAGAAUUUGAGGAGAAAACAACAGCCAGCUUCUCCCACAGCGCCACCACGGAUCCGGAGCGAUGCCUUCCUUCCCAAACACCUUUCUCCGCGCACCAGGCCACGGUCGAGGAUGAAGAAAAAGCGAUCCGAGUACCAUCGUACGCUGGUGGAAACCAGCUAGCACUCACAGCGACACGAUCCACCCAGGAAGGCUUUGGCAGUGAGUACCCCGAGGGCGGUCUGCAAGCAUGGCUGGUCGUCUUCGCCUCCUUCUGUGGACUGCUGGCUGCCCUGGGCAUCAUGAACACCAUUGGCGUGUAUCAGAGCUACAUUGCCGACAACCAGUUAGCCGGCUAUAGCGAGAGCACUGUCGGAUGGAUCUCAUCCAUCUAUGUCUUCCUCUCAUUCGGAGGCGGUCUCAUCAUUGGACCAGUCUUCGACAAAUAUGGACCGAGGCUCCUCGUACUGCUGGGAAGUGUCUGCAUCAUGCUCUGCAUGAUGCUUCUCGGCGUUUGCACGCAGUACUGGCACUUUAUCCUCGUCUUCGGCAUUCUCGGUGGCACUGGGACCUCUCUCAUCUUCACUCCAGCAAUCGCCUCCAUCGGGCACUUCUUUUUGGUGAAGCGCGGCAAUGCCACUGGUCUCGCAGCAACAGGAGGCGCAGUGGGUGGUGUCAUCUUUCCACUGAUGCUCCAGUCACUCUUCCCGCGUGUCGGCUGGGGCUGGGCUACAAGAGCCCAAGGCUUCUUAUUUCUCGGUCUGCUCAUUCCGAUGAAUGUCUUCACCCGCUCACGACUUCCACCAAAGGAGAAGGCCUCUGUCCUCCCGGACUUCCGCAUCUUCCGCAAUGUCGACUUUGCGCUCGUCACGGUCGGAACCUACUUCAUGGAAUGGGGCCUCUUCGCGCCCAUCACCUAUAUCACAAGCUACUCCCUCGCAUCCGGCGCCAUGAGCCCAGAAUUUGCAUACCAAAUCAUUGCCAUCUUCAAUGCGGGCUCCGCCGUCGGCCGCUGGAUACCGGGACUCCUUGCGGACAAGAUCGGCCGCUUCAACGCCAUCCUCGCAGCUCUUCUCCUCUGCACGGCGUCGUCACUAGCAUUGUGGCUGCCAGCUACCGUCCUGUCCGCAUCAGAGAACCCUGCCACCCACAACAACGCCGUCUUCGGUCUGACCGUUACAUUCUGCGUCCUGUUCGGAUUCGGCUCCGGGUCGAACAUUUCCUUGACUCCCGUCGCCGUGGGGAUGCUGUGCGAUACCGAAGAAUACGGCCGGUAUUACAGCACGUGUUACUGCAUUGUCAGCUUGGGCACUCUGACUGGAAUUCCGAUCGCCGGUGCCUUGAUCUCGGCUUGUGACGGAGCUUACUGGGGUGUGGCAUUAUUCACCGGGUUGUGCUAUAUCAUAGCCCUGGCGGCUUUCACGGCCGUUAGGACUACGAAGGUUGGAUGGAAAGUGACUGCGAAGUACUGA